CUCCGUCAUCGUGCAGCGCCGGAAAGGGCCGAGCAGAAAAAAGAAGGAGGCGUUUCCACACAUCAGCUGCAAAUUUAUGCAGAACAGUAAAAUCAGUGCUGCUGCUGCUGCUGCUGCCGCUUCGAGCGUCCUGCACAGAGAAGAAGAAGAAGACGGGCGAAAAGAGCAGCAGCACCGGGCACAACGCAGACAAGAAGCCCGGCGGAUCGUUGCAUCGCUCGGUGUCGCUCUGCAGCGGGCAGCCGGUGCAGGAGGAGCCGGACGAACCCGGAGCGGUGACGCAGCCAUGGAGACAGACGGAGAGCAGAACCAAAAGGGGGCCUCGACCAAUGGAAGCGCUCCGUCUGGGACGAGCUCCCGCCCCUCUCCCAUGAAUUCCAUGUCUCUGUAUGAAAGGCAGGCGGUCCAGGCCCUGCAGGCGUUACAGAGGCAGCCCAAUGCCGCUCAGUACUUCCAGCAGCUGAUGCUGCAGCAGCAGAUCAACAACGCAGCACAGCUGCAGAACCUGGCAGCUGUGCAACAGGUAAAGGCCACUCUGGCUGCUAGUCGUCAGUCAAGCCCCUCCAGCAGUAGCUCUUCUCAGACUACCAGCACAACCACAGUCAAUGUAACAUCUGGAUCAGGGUCUACAACCAGCAGCCGUCCAAUGGGUGCCUCAGCAACAUCCACAAUCAGCCAAUCAGUGCUGCUUAGCGGGACAGCCGGAGGGCAGGGGCAGAUGUACCUGAGAGUGAACCGCUCCCUUAGGACGCCUAUCCCCUCCCAGCUCAUUUUCAUGCCCGGCAGCACUGCAACUACUACUGUGGCAACUGUUGCCCAGCAGCCACAGGCUCAGCAACAGCAGCAGGAAGUGCCUCCGACUUCCUCAUCCAGCAGCCAAUCUGAUAACGACCAGGUACAGAAUCUAGCCAUGCGAGGUGUGUCGGGUCCUAAAGGUGUGGGUGUUAAGACUGAAACCCCAGAGAGAAGUGACUCAGCUGCCUACUCGCUGGUCCAGCCCUCUCACCAGUCUACCCCUCAGUCCCCCACCAAACCAAGCCAGCCUCAGCCCCAGCCACCCCACAUCAAAAUCCCUACCUACCCCCAGCCUACUAAUCUCAAAGCUCACCCCGCCUCUUCUUCCGGUGCCUCGUCGUCCUCGUCAUCUUCCAUCCCUCUCUCCCAGCUCUUACUCCACGGUACUCGAACCCUCACCACAGGAACCACAGCUCCCACAGCAGCACAUACUCUGGUCCUGACAUCCAACGCCACAUCUCAGCCCCACGGGUACCCGGUGGGCACGGCAACCAUCAAACCAGCGGUCAACGCUCAGACUCUGGUCGUGCAGCCUCUGCAAAAAACCUCACUCGGUGCUGAGAAAUCAGGCCACGGAAAUGGACCCAUCCCCAUCCAACCUAAAACUUUACAGGGGCUCCGCCUGCCCCUCCAGCUUCCUUCAAGGAACCCCCCUCCCAUCCUGCCCGCUCCGCCACCUGCCAGCAGCUCCGGCCAGCCUCCCCACACGCCUCACAUCCCAGUGCAGAUAGUGGGAGCCAGGCAGAGCACACUUGGAAACGCCCAGGCUCUCGCUCUGGCCCGUGGCAGCUGCAGCCAGGAUGGUGCUGCCGUCCUCAGCAGCUCCUCUAGUCUGCUCACCAUGGUGGCUUCCAUUGCUUCCAGGGAGGGUGGAGUCGUCGGCCGAGGGGUGGGGCUGAAGACGCUUCAGUCACCCCAGGAGGCUCCCCCCUUGGCUCAGGUGUCUCAGGUGCGUCCACAAGCCAAUCAGAGCUCUGGACAGAGUCAGAACGGACAGCUGGCUUCAAGCCCCGCCUCUUCCCAGCCCUCCACCGUUUCAUCUCCUCCCCCCUCGCUGUCUCGCUCCUCCCUCUCUCUCCACCUGGUGACCGAAGAGCAGAGAGCAGCAUCAGCUGGUGUAACCACCAAUGGAGACUCAUCAGGAGGUCAGACACCACAGAGUAAACAGACGACUGGCUCUCUGAAAAGAAAAUCGGACUCGAAUUCAGCCAACGACGAACAUGGCCCCUCCCCUCCACGGCUCCAGCCAGUCAGAGAUCAUGCCUCGGCCAUCCCACCCAAUCCCGUCGAUGCAGGCUCUGCUGCUGCUCCUCCUCCUCCUCCACCUCCUCCUCCUGCAUCCUCUCCUUCUCCAGUGCUGCUGGUGUCCCGUGGGACUUGUGGUCAGGGUGAGAGAGCUCCUCCACCUCAAGCUGUGGUUAAACCACAGGUUCUUACACACCUCAUAGAGGGCUUUGUGAUCCAGGAAGGGGCGGAGCCUUUCCCUGUCUGCGGUCCAGUCAAGGACUCGGCUGGUGAAGAUAUAACUAAUGACAGUCCAGACACGAACCCGUCGGAGACUGUUACCACAGCAACAGUGCUGAAGUGUGAAUACUGUAAAAACUUUGCUCCUGCCAGCCAGUUCCGAGGCACCAAAAGGUUCUGCUCCAUGUCUUGUGCCAAGAGUAUGUAUUGGUUCCCCAGGUACAACGUCAGCUUCAGGCAGCACUUCAGCGUGCGGCAGGGUCACAGCCAGCGUCAAGCUCAAGAUCACUCUCCGGAUCGGGAUCAGAGGCGCGGACACCUCUCCAACUCGGACGACGAGGGAGGAAUCGCCAGGAGGAGGGUUCCCCGCAGGACCAGCUCAGAAAUAGCCAGUGCCAAGAUAGCAGGGAGGCCCGUACCUGCCAAGUGCCGAUCCGAGUCGAGCCAUUCAGAUGAGGAGUCCAGCGUAGAGGAGGAUGAAGAUGACCCCAUGUCUCUCUCGCCGGCCUCCUCAGCAUCCUGCCACCAGCCGCCUCCUCCGCUCCCAGCAGAGAGCUCACCACCGCCCACCUGCCUGCCUGCUAGCCCCUCCCAGUGGAGCGUGGAGGAAGUGUCACAGUUUAUUUCCUCACUGCAAGGGUGCGAGGAUCUCGCCUCCCAGUUCCUGUCGCAGGAAAUUGAUGGACAGGCGCUGCUGCUGCUGAAGGAGGAGCAUCUCAUGUCCACCAUGAACAUCAAGCUUGGCCCUGCCCUCAAGAUCUGCGCUCACAUCAACAGCCUAAGAGACUGACCGGUGUUUUUUCCACAAAUCCGCAAAGUUUAAAAGUGAAGCCCCCCCCCCCCGGGCAUCCACCACCAGCCCGCGGGUCAGAUAUGGAGCUCGAGAGUCCUGCAGGUGAAUGUUUGAAGUACAGUUUAUUUCCCAAACACGGCAAAGACUCUGGGACUGCAGAAGUGGAAUCUCAUCCCGUUUCACAUCAGAUUCUCGCACAAGUUGUAAAAAUCCUUCAAAUGUGCGAUUUUAUUUCGAUGAAGGUACACGUUCCACCAAAUUCUGCUCAAAAUCAAUGUAAAUGAAGGUUUUGAAUGUAUUUUAAUUGCAAACGAGACUUGUUGAACCUAAAGUACUUGCUCGUUAUGUUUUCUGACCGUAGACCGAGGCUGUGAUUUAUUUUCGUUUUGUUAAACUUCCUUUAAAAGACUGAAGAUACACACAGAAGAAAACAGCUGUGCUUUGUUUUGCACAGGAAUUUGGAAGGAAGACCUUUGGAAGCACUUCUAUAGCACUUCCUUUGUAAAGUGAAGUCACAAAUCUUUUUCUUAUCUAGUUUAGUAUUCCUUCAAAGACAUGAAUUUCAUUGCGUACUUCCAGCAUUCUAAUUAUCUGAGAAGAGAAUACAAUGGCACUUUUAUUUUGAAGGCAGCCUAUUCUUUGCGCUACAGGGUACUGUGAGAGUACAGGGUACUGGGUGCAGAAACACCAGAGUCCAAAUGAAACCCUAAUCCCUCAAGGUUCAAAGAGCAUUUCAUACUUCAAGUAAAAAUACGGACGUUGCAUAACUUUUUCUCACAUCUUUACCGUAUUUUUUUUAUAUCCAGAGAACAUCAGCUCUACUGCUGAAUGCUUUUCACUGUUUUUAAGCUUUUUACCAGAGAAGUUCACGUCAACUCUGUGAUUAUUCACCUGUCAGCAGUUUGUGAGAUUACUCAAAUGGUACCACCAGCUGCUCCUGGUCUGCAUGAGUGCACUUACAAGGCAAGUACACCGGUUUGGUUUUGUGGAGAGAUGCUGUCAGAGAGGAGUUCUGACAAUAAGAUGUUCAUUUUAAAGUGUCUUUAAGUUGCAUUCGUGAACAAGAGAAGUUGCUGGCCACACGUGGACCUACGAUGGAUGUGGGAGAAAUAAGACAUCAUGCCUGAAUGAAUGAAUGACAGUGUGAAUGAGUGAACCUUGAAGCUAUACUGUAAUAAGUGUAAAGUUUGCCUUUGUAUUUAAAUGCACAUUUGUUUGCUGGACUGCCUUGUUUGAAGCUUUUUACUGUAGGACUUUUCUCAUGUUCUCUCUCUGUGAACCUCGUGGCCUUUCUCACUAGUCUCUACAACGAUAGGUUUAGAUGAGGAUUGUCGGUUUUUACUGCUUUCAUAUCAUUCCUUGUUUUAUAUCGGCGCUUACUUUUUUACAACUCUCGAUUAAGCAAUGAAAUGCGUUGCCUUUCCCAAAAAGCGUGACUGAAUAGUAGCUACUUUGAUCAUGGAUCAACUUGCUGUCUUCCUCAUAGCUUUGUCACAUAGCGUGUAACUACCAACAGUAUUUACCUUUCUAGCUAGCUAGCUAUCUUUGGCUUUAUUGUUAGUGACUGUGGCUAUUACAGUACUUUUUGUUUUUCCUUUUUUUUUUUUUAAAGGGUAAUAAUCUUGAUGAUGUGUGCUUAUAUUUCACUUUCCCCAGGAUUUUGGAGUCUUUAAAUCUGCAUAUUGUAAACGCCAAAAAAAAUGAAUUUCGCCUCAUUUCAAGUGAGGUGAGCCACAAAUGCAGCCGUGAUUACCUGUACAACAUUUGUCCAAAAUCAGACCAUUGCAGCGUUGUUCGUUUAGUCUUCAACCUCCCAAAAAGUAGCACUUUUCUCACAGAAAAACAGUGAAUUCAGCAAAAAUGUUCUUUUAUAUAUAAAUCUGUAUACAUACAAAUAAGGAAGCCACUUGGAAUCAAAUGUCUUGCUUGCAAUAAUUUCCAAAAUCUGCAAAAUCUAGAGGGGCUGGUUUUCACAAGAAGAGGUAAUUAAUACUAUCAUGCAAAUAAAUAAUCAAACUGUUUUAAAGCUGUGAUGCUUGUUUUUGUUGUUUGUUAGCCUGAGUAAUGGUUUCGGUUUGCACUGUUGGUUUCCAAGUGUAACAAGUGCAGAUCAUCAGUGGACAGUUUGCAUCACUGAAACUUUAAUGUUUUUGUUUUUAACUCCUCUCCCCCGGCUCGAGUUCAGGCUGAGGUGUUGUGCUGUUUUAAAGAAAAGCCCUUCAGGUUUGUUGUCCCAGAUGUGAUAAAACUAUAGACUGUAAAUGAAAAAUGAAUGUAGUCAUGAUGUCAUACAAUCGCAGUAGCUACAUCCAUUUUAAAGGCUCCGUGGUUAGUUUUGGCCUCAGCUGUGUUGCUGUUUUGGAGUUGGUAGAGACCAUGUUGGGACCAUACGGUAGUUUGGAUUUAACAAGUUGUGUUGAUAAACCUUAUAGCUCAUGAUCCUAACC